UGGUCCCAAUUAGUUGGUGGCCGCCAAAGCAGCCGCAGGGCCCCCACCCCCGGCUCCUCAUUACCGCUGGCAGCUCCUAAUGAGCCUGGGGGGAAGGCUGACCCCGCGCCCCUGGCCCCCCGGCCUGCGUCACUGCCCGCUGCGGGGGUUGUGGAAGCGAUAUAACGGGGCUGCCAGCGUCACUGCCCCAAACCACUGCGCGGUGAUGGAGACCUGCCAGGUGUCCAGGAGCUCCCGGCAGCUGCUGCUGCUGCUGCUGCUGCUGCUCGUGCCCUGGGGCAUCCGCACUGCCUCAGGAGUCGCCCUGGCCCCCGCAGCCGGGGUCUUCAGCCUCCGCACCCCCGGCCGGGUCUGGCCGGGUCCAGCCACCCGCCUAUCGCGGCGGAGCCUGGCGCUGGCGGACGACGCGGCCUUCCGGGAGCGCGCGCGGCUGCUGGCUGCUCUCGAGCGCCGCCACUGGCUGAACUCGUACAUGCACAAGCUGCUGGUGGUGGAUGCGCCCUGA